CUGUAUUCUUCAUUUUCUAUGGUAAAAUAUAAAUGUGAAUUUGAAUUUAAUCUUAUAUCGAUUAUCAGCCGCUGCAGCGGCACGUUAUAUUAUAAACUAACCUAACCUUGGGUACGUAAGUACGUUACAUAUGCGAAAAUGCGAUAGUGGGACGUUGUUCGUACUCUCGUAUUAUUAAUUAAAUUAUUUGCGUUUUGAAAACAUUCCGUUUUCCAAUGUCGACAAAUUGUUACGUAACAGGGAACUUUUUAAUUACAUCGCAGUAUAACAUCAUUGGUUACUAAUUAGUAAUUACCAUASUUAACCACCGUUAGUGUCGGCGCGUUACGAGAUCGGUACACACGUUUAUUUGUAUCUUGCUUUUCGGUUUCCUUUUGAUUAGAAUAAUAAUAUUUAGAAAAUGCAUUCAGAACACUUGGUGACCCAUGUCUUGUUGUUUUUCGUCAUUUGGGCCACAGCCGUGGUCUGUCUGAAGAAAGAUCGGUACUAUUGCGAGUUGUCUUCCUCGUGUAUGUGCAUUACGGUCAACAACAACAACAACAUCGAUUUGGGUGGAGUGAAUUUGACGCUAACAAUAGCGGAUAACCAGACGUUGAAUUAUCAACCUUGUGUCAGCGAAAUCGUUAUUGUAAAUGGGACAUCCAAUUCUUCAGUACAGGUUGCCAAUUAUACGCAUACUCAUGUUCAAAUAAGCCAUGUGGUAACAUUUAUCUAUACAAAUGAUGACAACCAGCAUGCGUUUAAUGUAAUUUUGGUAUGUGAUCCAUUAGCAGUCAGUGGAAAUGAAUCUUUGACGAAUUUCAAAAAUGUCACUGAUAUUCAAUGUACAGUUGAACUUAAAACCAGUAAAGUAUGUGGAUUGAAUUUAAGCGAUGCAUAUGUUGACAACCCAGAAUCAGAAUCUUGGACUUACUUUUUUUCAUUUAUGUUGGUUGUUGCAUUUGUAUACUUUGUUGGCGGAUCUGUAGUAAAUGCCUGUUUAUUUAAUGAAAUUGGUAUUAAUAUGAUUCCUCAUCAUGUCUUUUGGUCGUCCCUUUAUGAUAAAAUCAAGGAUAAAMUAUGUGGCACAUCUACAAUGGCAACAGCUUAUGAGAGCAUAUAAAAUAUUUUUUUAUUUAAACAAAAAAAUGACACUCAUGCACUGUGUUGUGUUGCUUAUGAUAAGCGUGGUGAU